AUGGCUGAUGCUAUUGUAAAGUUGAGUGUUCGUGACACUGUGGAACCGUUUGCCUAUCCAGUCAGUCUAGAAGCAUUCCCACACUACGCUGCUAACAUCGAUUAUCCCAUUGACUUGGAUACAAUAGCGAAUCGAAUUCGAAGUGGCUUUUACAGACGGCUCAAAUCCCUUCAUCAGGACAUUCGCUGUAUCGCAGUUGCCGCAGAACAGUUCAACGAACCUAGCAGCGCGAUUGUGCGCAAUUCACGUAUUGUUGUCGAGGCGCUGAUUCGAUUUUCGCGGUAA